AAAAACAGAAUCCAGUUAAAAAAACCAGAAAAGAUAUAAUAUUCCCCCAAAAAAACGAAGAAGAAGAAACAGAAAAACUAUUUAAGUAAACUAAACUUUGCCAACCAGUUGCAUUUGAUGUCUGCCAUUUGUUGUUGCUUUUUCGCUACUAUUUUCCAGUUGCGACAAAGUUUUUAAUAAAAAAAAAUUGUUGUUGUAAAAAAUGGAACAAUUUGAACAAUUGUUGACGUGUUGCGUUUGCCUGGACCGGUAUCGCAUACCGAAGUUGCUGCCAUGCCAACACUCCUUUUGCAUGGAACCCUGUAUGGAGGGUUUAGUGGAUUAUGUACGGCGACAGGUAAAAUGUCCUGAAUGUCGUGCAGAACAUCGCAUACCAUACAAUGGAGUCCAGGCAUUUCCAACCAAUGUUACUCUGCAGCGCUUCCUUGAGUUGCACAUCGAGAUAACUGGUGAAUUACCAGAUCCCACAUCUGGUCAAAUUAUGGAAAGAUGUGGUGUGUGUUCAGAGAAGUCGUAUUUAAAUCCCUGCGCUCAUUGUGAAAAGAAAAUCUGCGAUGAUUGUAAAAGUGCCCAUAUGGACAUUUUGAGACGUGAAAUAACACGUUUCAAUUCACAGAUUCGUCGCAGUUUACAUCGUCUGCAGGAUUCGUUGUCGCUGAUCGAAAAGAACAUGAUCAGCUUGCAGACUAACUGUGUCAGUACAACCGAAGAAAUUGAAGACAUUUACCGACGUGUCACCAAGGCCAUAAAAGACCGUACUGAUCAGUUGAAGGGUGAAAUCGAUCGCUAUCUUACCAUCGAGUUGAAAAAUCUGAAUACCCUCAAGGAGAAUCUCGACAAUGAAAUUAACAAUAUUACCAGCAAUUGUGACAUUGUCGACAAGUACAUGAACGACAGUGUUGAAUGGGAUGACUGUGAGCUAAUGGACACCAAGGAGAUAUUCUUGAAAACUGUGGAAUUCUUGCGUCACUUCGAAUAUGAAAAUUCGGAUUAUAGUCGCCGUGUAAGAUUCCUUGUAUCGAUGGAUCCCAAUCAAUUGGUCAUGAAUUUGGCCACAUUUGGUGAUUUGAACAUUGCCCCGCAUUCGAAUAUGGGUAGUUCGACGAGCAGUUCGCAUUUGGCCCCACCAACGGCACUACAACCUGGUUUAAUGCGCUCAAAGAGUGAUCACCGUUUGGCAACACAAUUCCGCCAACAAGAGGAACGCAUCGGUUACAACGAUGAACCUGUCCUGGGUGGUCGUAGAUUUGGUGAACGUCCCGUUCGCAUCAAUAACGAUCGCUAUGGUGACAGUGGUUCCAGUCGCUACGGACGUGGUGGUGCUGGCGGUGAUUACGAUUAUGGUGGUGAAAACGACUACGAAAAUGAUCAGUCAUCGAGCCGUACCGGAAAAUCACGUUUCCGUUCACGGUUUGUGCGUUCGCAUCAAAACGAGGAUUCCGACAACGAACAACAGCAACAACAACGCCUAGAAGAGAAGAAACUGAAGGACAAGGUUCGUGACGGUGAAGAUGUCUCUCGCGGUCAGUUGAGUGGCAUUAUACGCUUGAGUGAUUGUGCCCGCGUUAUUCAAAGAUUGGCCGAUAUCGGCAAGGAGAAAAAGGAAAAGAAGGUGGACAAUACCGCCCAGGCGAACAUUCAAGCUGCAAUUCAGGCCCAAAAGGCAGCUAUGCAGAGGCCCAAACAAGCCGCAGUCGCUCCGCCGGCGAGGCAAGUGAGCGAAGACGAUGAAAUCAGUCGCAUUAAGCAGCAAAACAAAAAUGCGCCCAGUUCAUCGACAGCAGCGGCAGCUGCUGCAGCAGCAGCUACAACACCGGCCCCGGCGCCAGAGAGACCAGCAGCCGAUCGAGUGAGUGCAUUAAAACGUAACAGUGUUGUCACAGCUACGGGUAACAGUGAUGAAAGUGAUAAUUCACACAAUUCAUCGUCGCCGGUGAAUAGGACUCCACCAAGGUCAGAGUCAAAACCAGCAGCACCAGUACCAGCCCAGGUGGCAGCCGUAAAGAAGACUACACGCUCUGGCAGUAGUGAUUCGACUGCCUCUACCGAAAGUUCGGCAAGUUCUGCUGCAGCCGGUAGAGCUCCAUCGGCUGCACGUUUCUCGGUAUCCCGUGAAAGUCCAGCACGUUCUACUCGGCCAGCAGCGGCAUCGUCUGCUAGCACCACAUCAGCUGCCACCACCGAGAAGAAACCCUUCGUAAGCCGUUUCUUACCACAACACAGCACUGCAGCUGCGGACAAGAGUAAAGCAGAAUCCGAAUCGAGCAGCGAAGAAGAAACCUCCACCGAAGAAUCCGAAGAUGAAGAAGACGUCAAGACCAAAACCACUGCUAAUAGCAACAAACCCAUCUCCAGUGCCACAACAUCGGGCAUUUCAGCUGGCAGUUCUGCAACCUCCUCGUAUCGCGAUCGUCUCGACUCGAGACGUAGUUCUCGUGACGAUACAACCUCCAAGAAUUCAUCAGCCUAUGCAACCCCAUCUAGCAGUAGCACUGCUGCUAGCAGUGGUUACGGUGGCUCUACCUCAGCAUCGGCACGUCAACGUGCAUCCCAUGACAUGGACACUGAUCGUUAUGGCAGCGGAGCAUCCGGAAGCAGCUACACAAGCCGCUUUCUAAAUAAAAGCAAGAGCAGCGCCAUUGUAUCACAGCCAUCCCUAUCCACGCCCAAUGCCUCAUUCGAUGAGGAUGCCAAUGGCACCGGCGAUGAUUCGGAUUCACGUUAUGGCACCGGACGUUCACGUUAUUUAGCGAUGAAGGAGCGUCGCAAUCGUUUGGCACGCAGUCGCUCUUCCCAUCAGUUUGGCAACGACGAUGAUGAUUUGGAUGAGCCUGUGUCGCCAACCACGGCAUCACCAUCUGCUUAUUUAGCUUCAAGAUAUAGCGGCUAUGGUGGUUCCGAUCUAUCACGUAGCCGUUCAUCGCACGCCUUAAAAUCGCGUGACAGCUCACCAAUUAUGGAUCGUACAUCAUCACGCAGCGGAGCCGGAGCAUCUUCAUCAUCGGCUGCCGAUAGCAAGGAUGGCGAAGCCUUAAGUUCUUGGGCACGCUAUUUGAAGAACAAAUACGGCAGUAAAAGCUCAAAGGACACACCAUCGACCAGUAGCCGUGAUACUCUUGGCAGCAGUAGCACAUCUUCGGCCCUACCAUCGUCAUCGCACGGUGCUAGCGGCAGUAGUCGUAGCCACGUUGCCAGCGAUGUAUCACGUCGCCUUAGCCUGGGUCUGCCUCUGAGGCAGGUCAAUGAACUUGGAUCAUCCGAUGAUGAUGCUUCAAAAAACGGGCUAGGCUCCCCUACCUCCCCUAUGGUAGCAGCAGCAGCUCACGGUAUGGCCGGAGUGGCAGGUACUUCCCCUAAGCAAUUGUACCUGCGCAAGCGUCAACAGCUGUUCCAAUUGGGGGGCCGGGGGAGCGAACCCGGUUCUUUCACCUGGCCGCGCGGCCUAGCCGUCGGCCCGGACAAUAGCAUUGUCGUAGCCGAUUCAUCGAAUCAUCGCGUUCAAGUGUUCGAUUCGAAUGGCAUUUUCGUUAAACAAUUUGGCGAAUACGGCAAUGGUGAAGGCGAGUUCGAUUGUUUGGCCGGUGUUGCGGUCAAUCGUAUCGGACAAUAUAUAAUAGCAGAUAGAUAUAAUCAUCGUAUACAAGUGUUAGAUCCACAAGGACGUUUCUUGAGGGCAUUUGGCUCACAGGGUACCGCAGAUGGCAAAUUCAAUUAUCCAUGGGGUGUGACCACCGAUGCUCUGGGCUUUAUCUACGUCUGUGACAAAGAAAACCACCGUGUACAGGUUUUCCAAUCCGAUGGUUCUUUCGUUGGUAAAUUUGGCACAUGCGGCCGUGGCGAAGGACAACUUGAACAUCCGCAUUACAUCGCUGUAUCUAACACGAAUCGUGUCAUAGUAUCAGAUUCAAAUAACCACAGAAUUCAGAUUUUCGAUGUCAAUGGCAAAGUUUUAUCGACAUUUGGUGGUGAGGGAUCCGAAGAUGGACAAUUCAAAUUUCCCAGAGGUGUUGCUGUGGAUGAUCAGGGAUACAUCUUUGUCGCCGAUUCUGGCAAUAAUCGCAUACAGAUUUUCAAUCCUGAUGGCAGUUUCUUGAAAACUUUCGGUUCCUGGGGUUCUGGUGAUUCAGAGUUUAAAGGUCUUGAAGGUGUCGCCAUCAUGUCGAAUGGUAAUAUUUUGGUAUGCGAUCGUGAAAAUCAUCGUGUCCAAGUGUUUUAAUCUCUCA